AUGCCCAACUUCUCGCACCUGUUGAAAAAGAAGGAUAAGAUUAGGGAUGAGGGCGCCGUGCCCACUUCUCCAAGGGGCGCCACGCUGGCUCCUCCUGCCCCCGAAUUCACUUUCCUCCGCACCACGACCUCGACACAGGAGGCUAUCGAGCCCCCCAGCUUCCCCGGCGACCCCACGCGCGAGGCGCCCCCUCUCCUCUCCCCAGAGCCACAAGGCGUGUUUGGCAGGUUCAGGCGACAUAGCAAUGCAUCCACUCACUCGCACUCGGGCGCAGACGAUGGGAAGCAGAAGAAGGCGGAGCGCAUACACUUUGGUCGCACCAGAUCGAGCACCUCGGUCAACGUGCCGGAUAAUCUGCCAGAGGUUGGGGGCGACGGGGUUGCAAGGACGCUCGAAGAUGAGGAAAAGUGGGAAAAGAGGGCUACGGCUUUGGUUACGGGCGGUGCUUUGAAUCAAGGGACGAGUGCGCCGCCGACUCCUGGGCUUGAGAUUACGAAUCCGAUGUCUACAGCAGGGAGGAGACCUAGUAGCAGUGCUCCUGCGGAUGAGGAGAACAUCCAGGAGGCUAUUCGACUGCACGAAAAAGGGAAUCUCGAGGCUUCUACGGCAUUGUUUGGAAGACUAGCAGAUCCCAACGGUGCAAACAACGCUCUGGCACAAGUCCUCUACGGCCUCGCAUUGCGACACGCCUGGGGAUGCGAGCCCCACCAAGAACAAGCCGUGCACUACCUUUCGCUGGCAGCCUCCAACAGCGCCGAGGUUGAGAAGCUGGCCCUUGGAGCCGGCAUGAAGAAAGGCGGCGCGGCGAAAGGCGAGCUCGUCCUAGCCAUGUAUGAGUUGGCAAACUGCUUUAGAAACGGCUGGGGUAUCAAGAAAGAUCCCGCUGCCGCGAAGCAGUAUUACGAAACUGCUGCUAAUUUAGGAGACACGGAUGCCAUGAACGAGGUCGCUUGGUGCUAUCUCGAGGGCUUCGGCACGAAGAAGGACAAGGUACGUCAGCCGUGUACUUUCUUUCUUGCUUUUCUUUUGCUGUCCACAUUUUUCUCUCACGUACGGGUUCGGCUGCUGAUGCGGGAUGCUUACGCCUCGCAGUUCAAAGCGGCGCAGUUCUUGCGCCUCGCAGAGUCAAAGGGUAAUAAGACGCUAGGCAACACUUGGUAA